UAUUGUAUGAAAAAUCUUCGACAGUUAUUGUUCCGAAUUGUCUCGUCGAGUGAUUUGUAUAUUGAUUGUAGUUGUGUCUGCAUAAUACACCAACUACAAGACACACAAAGUCCAUCAGUCAAGAAACGCUGCAUAGCUCACCUAAAGUCAUCAAUACCAUUCAAAUGAGAAGGAAUCUUUGUUGAACGUUGUCAUUUAUACUGCAUUAGGUUGCAUGUUUAAUGUUUUCUUUAUCAUGAGGCAUUGCGAUAAUUAAGCUGAUAGAUAUCGAGCCAACAUUAUUACUAUUCAUCCAGAAGUUGCCACUACUGUUUGCAGAACUGGUGAUAACAUCAUAACGAAGACUUUAAUUUGGUAAUUUAGUCAUCUAAUCCAGAUUUUUCCGAGAUGCUAUUCUUUCUUCCUUUAAGAGGAUUAUCAAGAGAGAGAAAGAGAGACAAAGAGAAUCGUAAGAUCAAAUAUUUGUUAAUGUACUACAAUUGGCAGUAGUUUUGAUCACUUCUACGUAUGAUCGAAGCAGCAACAAGAAAAGUGUUGCUGAUUUACAUUUGUCUAAUAAUCUGCGCUAACGGCACACCCUGCCUCUUGACGCCCUACUUAAGUGACCACAAGGAUUGUUCACUGUAACAGGUCCCAUAAACAGGCACUUUAUUCACUUGAAAAAGCAAGAGCAGCAGUUUAUUAAUACAGGUGUUUGUUUUUUAUUCUUUAGAAUCAGAACCUAAGCUUAGCCGAUUUUCACCAGAGUUUCGUGCAGUUUUACAUGCAUAAACAUAUCCUAAAGCGGAUUUAUAGUAUCAUCAGUUUGGACUGACUGCAGGCGUUCCUAUUGUCAAUGAGUGAAUUCUAUGUACAUGAUCCAACUUAUAACCCGACAUUCCAUCGUCAAGCAAGUUGAUGUUGUACGUCAACUAUUCAUGUUCUUAUAAGCGACACGAAUAAACGCAAGAAUUGUUCAUUGCAACAGGCCUAGUAUCGGCAGCUUCAUUACUUCGAAAAGCAAGAGCGAAACUUUAAAACUGGUAUUUGGUUUUAAUUCUUUAAAAUGCCAAGAAAGUGUUAUGGCAAACCUUAUACGACAAGGCAUAUCCGCCGACAAAUCAGUGAAAGAAGAGCAUCUAUAAUGAAAGAUGUAAAUGCUCAAUUUUUACAAUAUCUUGACUUAGCCUGCCAAACCUUUGAAAAUGAUUGCGAAGAAAACGAAGAACAUAAUAAAAAUGUGAAUAAUACGGAUACUUAUGCAGAUGAUAUGAAUUUUGAAGCAUGUAUAAAUAUCUGUACACAAAAAGAUAAUACUGCAAGUUUAUAUUGUAAGCAAUUAAGUGUAGAAAAAUUCAAUGAAUAUGAUGUUUGCUCACAAAAGUCUCACAAUGUACAUAAUAGUAAUACUUUAUCUACUGGUAUCAAUGAAAUGCAGCAAAGUGAUUUUGGAGAAUCUGCAAAAGAAAGAACAGAGGCAAAAAUGCAUAGUGUUGAUCCAUUUAUGCUUUUCCUACAGAAUAUUAAUGACAGUGAAAUAAGUAGUGACUCAGAAAGUGAUUCACAAGAGACUGACAGUUUAUCUGAUAACAAUGGAAAAGAUGCCAAAUUUGUUGAUUCUCUUCGAAAUUUCUGUUUGAAGUACAUCCAUACUAUACCUCACGUUGCGGUCAAUGACCUAUUACAUAUCUUGAGGGAAAAUACAAAUACAUAUUUCCCAAAAGACGCUCGUAGUCUAUUGAAAACGCCAAGAUUUACGGAACUACAUCAAAUGAAUAAUGGACAGUAUUGCCAUUAUGGAUUAAAACGUGCCAUUACUAUUUUUGUGCUGAAUUUUAUAGAAAAAAAUAUAAACGUUGAUUCAAUACAAUUGCUUGUCAACAUCGAUGGUGCUCCUUUAGCCACAUCCUCCGAAAAAGGGCUAUGGAUUAUUUCAUGCUCGGAAACAGUAUUGAACGAUGUCGAAUUAGUUGGCAUCUAUCACGGAGAAGAUAAGCCUCCCGACAGCAACACUUUAGUCAAAAUGUUUGUGGACGAAUUAAUACUUUUAUGUAAUCAUGGUUUCGAGUGUGAUAGCAAAGUAUAUAAAAUCACAUUACGAGCCCUCAUAUGUGACGCCCCAGCAAAAGCUUAUAUCUUAAAAGUGAAAUAUCACACAGGAUAUUGCAGUUGUACAAAGUGUCAGAAAGAAGGUGAAUGGCUAAAUAAAAUUUGUUUUCCUGGUGAUAUUGCUACUUUAAGAACAGAUCAAGAUUUUAGAGAUUAUAAGUAUGUGGAUGAAGAGUAUCAACGUGAACGAACCAUUCUAGCUGACAUUCCGAAUUUCGGAUUGGUCACAAAUGUUCCGUUAGAUUACAUGCAUCUCGUUUGUUUGGGCGUAACGUUAAAAUUAAUUGAGCAAUGGAUAAGCGGAAGAAGCAAAGUGAAAUUAUCUGAAUAUCAGCGAAAAAUGAUAUCUGACCGAUUAGUGAACCUACAAAAAUAUAUGCCGUCCGACUUUAGCAGAAAGCCGAGAAAAUUUCAAAAUGUUCGACGUUUGUGGAAAGCGCACGAGCUUAGGCAAUUUUUGUUGUACUCAGGGCCCGUAGUACUAUAUAAUAUUUUAGAUGAAAAUGCAUAUUUUAAUUUUUUACUCUUGCACGUGGCUAUAUCAAUAUUAGUUAACCCUAUUCUGUCUUCUAAUGAUUGUUAUUUACAUUAUGCUGAACAGCUUUUGACGAAUUUCGUUAAAAGUUUUCAAGUUUUAUAUGGUGCUAAUAACGUGACGCAUAACGUUCAUAACCUUUUACAUGUCGUUGGAGAUGUAAGAGAGUACGGUUGCUUAGACUCUUUCAGUGCUUUUCGUUUCGAAAAUCACAUCCGAAAAAUAAAGCAAUUAGUAAGAAAAGGGGAUAAACCUUUGCAGCAAAUACAUCGCAGAUUAGGAGAAAUCGUAGCAUGUAAAACAUAUUCAGUGGAUAUAAAUAACAAAACUUCUGUAUUGUCAAAAAAUUAUUAUAAUGGUCCUAUACUUCCAUCUCAUUCACGAGAUAAUCAGUUUCAAAUUUUUAGAAAAAGCUCAUUAUACUUAAAUAUUGCUGAUAGCAAAAGUAAUUGUGUCUUAUUAAAAAAUGGUAUGGUCGUCGAAUGCUUAAAUUUCGUUGAAAACAUAGACAAAAAUCAGUUCAUUAUGGGUAAACCGUUGGAAACAAUCGAUAACUUUUACUCUUAUCCGUUAGAUUCCAGGACUUUAAAUAUUAAAGUAGUGAAAUAUAGCAAUGAAAAUUUACAAUCAUACUCUUGCGGAUCGAUUUUAGCGAAAUUAUGUAAGUUACCGUAUAAUGAAAACUUUGUAGUCUUCCCACUUAUCCAUACCUACAAUUUUGAAGCAAAUUAAUAAUAAUUUUUCAUUAGAGUAUUAUGAUCAUGAAAAUUAGUCAUAUAAUGUAUACAAGCGAUCUGAUACAUGGUAUAAUCGAAAUUUUAUAUUUAAAAUCAAAAUAUUGUUAAUCGUACGUUUUGUAUAUAUUCUGCACUUACUAUAUUAAGACACAAUAUUUUAAAUAAUUAUUGUUGUAGCCUGUUUUUGAGUAAAAGAGAGCCACAUUGUAAUAAUUUUCUGAGGGCAAUCUGAAUGCUGCUCUCAUAAUCCUUUUAUAAAAUAAAUAAUUGUUAAUCACCUUUUGUUGUACAUCAAAAAGUUGUUUGUAACAAACCUCUAAAUAAAAAUCUAUAAACAUUGA